GCAGAUAGAAACAAACAGGUGAGAGGUGGUGUCGAACAUAUCAUAGAGAAGAGACUGUCAUACCAAACAUUUGAUAUGGCAUCAUCCAACUACAUCCCGCCACUCUCCGACUCAGAUUCCGACGGCGGUUCCUCCACCUCCGAACUCCUCCGCCACUCAGACCUCUCCGAAUCCAUAUUCAAAUCCUACUUCAAUUUCUCCGGCCACUCCUCAAUCAAUGCCACCUCCGCCGACCUCUCCAAGAUCCGAUCCUUCCUCACAUCCUCUUCCUCCGGCGCUCUCUCCUGCCUCAUAUGUCUCGAACGCAUCAAACCCUCCGAUCCCACUUGGUCCUGCACUUCCCUCUGCUUCGCUGUCUUCCACCUCUUCUGCAUCCAAAGCUGGUCUCGUCAAGCUUCCGAUCUCGCCGCUUCACGCGCCGUCACUCGCCUUUCCAUUUCACAAGAUCAAGCCUCCAACACAGCUCUCUGGAAUUGCCCUAAAUGUAGGUUUGAAUAUCCCAAAAGCCUCAUCCCAAAAACUUACCUUUGCUUCUGCGGCAAAUUGGAGAAUCCUCCAAGUGAUGAUCCUUGGGUUUUACCUCAUUCAUGUGGUGACGUUUGUGGUAGAUCUUUGAAGAACAAUUGUGGACACCAUUGUUUGCUUCUUUGUCAUCCUGGGCCAUGCCCUUCUUGCCCCCAACUCGUUAAAGCUCGUUGCUUUUGUGGGUCCCACCAUGAUGUUCGAAGAUGUGGGUUCAAGGAGUUUUCUUGUGAAGCUCCUUGUUCCAAAUUAUUGGAUUGUGGUGUUCACAAAUGUGUUGAGAUUUGCCACCGUGUUAGCUGUCCACCGUGUCGGGCGCGUGGCGUUUAUCGGUGUCAAUGUGGGAAGGUGAAGGAGGAAAAGGAAUGUUGUGAUCGUGUUUUUCAAUGCGGCGAACCUUGUGAGAAGAAGCUUAGUUGUGGGAAGCAUGUUUGUGAGAAAGGGUGUCAUUUUGGUGAAUGUGGUGCAUGUCCUUUACAAGGGAAGAGAACAUGUCCUUGUGGUAAAAGGGUCUAUGAAGGAAUGCCUUGUGAUGCUCCUUUGCAAGUUUGUGGAGCUACUUGUGAGAAAACGUUGCCAUGUGGAUAUCAUAGGUGCCAUGAACGAUGCCAUCGUGGACAGUGUAUUGAGACUUGUAGGAUUGUUGUGAAGAAGUGUUGUCGCUGUGGGAGCCUUAAGAAAGAUGUACCUUGCUAUCAAGAUUUGACAUGUGAGAGGAAGUGCCAGACGAUGCGUGAUUGUGGUCGCCAUCCGUGUAAACGCCGCUGCUGUGAUGGAGAUUGCCCUCCUUGUUCAGAGAUAUGUGGCAGGAGGCUUCGCUGUAGGAACCAUAAAUGCCAAUCUCCAUGCCACAGAGGUGCUUGUGCUCCUUGUCCUAUAAUGGUGACAAUUUCGUGUGCAUGUGGGGAGACACAUUUUGAGGUUCCUUGUGGUACUGAAAUGGAUCAAAAGCCACCGAAAUGUCCUAAACGGUGUCCUAUUAAGCCUUUGUGCCGGCAUGCAUUAAUCUGCAAGCCGCACAAAUGCCAUUAUGGGGCCUGCCCUCCUUGUCGCCUACCUUGUGCAGAAGAGUACCAUUGUGGCCAUACGUGCAAAUUAAGGUGUCAUGGUGCUAGGCCUCCUCCCAAUCCAGAGUUUACUCUCAAACCAAAGAAAAAGAAGUUUAUACAACAAAGUGAAAGUGUUCCCGGCACUCCGUGCCCUCCUUGCCCAGAACUAGAAUGGAGAUCGUGUGUUGGGCAGCACAUCGGAGCAGAGCAAAUGAUGGUCUGCUCUAAUAAAUCACAAUUCUCCUGUGAAAAUUUAUGCGGUAAUCCUCUACCAUGUGGUAAUCAUUAUUGUACUAAAACCUGCCAUGCCUUGGAGAACCGGUCUUCCACAAACCAGUUAACGAGAAGUGAGGCUUGUGAAGAUUGUUCGCUUUCUUGCCAAAAGGAAAGAAAGCCUGCGUGUCAACAUCACUGCCCUCGGCGAUGUCAUCCUGGAGACUGCCCCCCAUGCAAGGUGCUAAUUAAACGGUCAUGUCAUUGUGGUGCAAUGGUCCAUGUUUUCGAGUGCAUUUAUUACAACAGCCUUUCGGCAAAGGAUCAAGAGACUGCCCGUUCAUGCGGUGGACCGUGUCACAGAAAGAUGCCAAAUUGUACACAUCUAUGCCCAGAGACAUGUCAUCCUGGUCCAUGCCCAAAUCCUGAGAAAUGCAGUAAAAAGGUCACCGUUCGUUGCAAAUGCCAAACACUGAAAAAGGAGUGGCUUUGUCAAGACGUUCAAGCAGAAUAUAAUCGUUCCGAUUGCCAGCCAAGCGAUAUACCAAAAAAUCAAUUUGGAGUUGGACUUAUUCCUUGCAAUUCUGAUUGUAAGAGUAAAGUGCAGGUUGUUGAGUCAGAACUGCAAUUACGCAAAUCUCGAGUUACAGUGGUAAAGGAGCCAGAUAAUGAAAAAUCAGGUCCAAAGCGACGUAAAAGGAAGGAGCGGGUAGUAGAAUCUAAGGAACCGACAGUACUACAGAAAAUUAUUUCCAGAACCAAGCAGUUUCUUCUAUUUGUUUUUUUCUUGGUCAUACUUGUUGCUGCCACUUAUUAUGGGUACAAGGGACUUCUACAGCUCAAUGAUUGGAUGAAUAAAGUUGACGAACAAAGACAUAAAUCUUCGCGAAUUAGAUGAUUAGUUCAUUUUAGUUACUAUAUUAUUUCUUGCCGUUAAUGAAAUUAUAUAUAUUGCACAUCAAGUUUCAAUAUACUUUUGAAUACUUGCAGCACUAUGCACAUUCUUUUUUCAUGGACAAGGAAAUAAUCACCCAAAAGUUAGACAUGUUCAGAGUUUUCCUUAAUGAGGUUUUUUUUUUAGGGAUUCAAUCAAUUUGCAUGUUCAAUAUUGUUGUCAAAGAUGUAGCUAUUGUAUACAUUUUGUGUAAACUUAUAUAGUGCUAUGAUGAUUGAUAUUUUUGGUGGAUUGGUUA